GGCCGCGCUCGCGUCACCUCUUCUCGCGCGUAGUACUAUCUGUCCGCGCACGUAGCCUCGCCUGGGACUGCCUGCCGCGCGCGGCAGACGUUCGAGAGGCUUCGUAGCUGCGCAACCAGCACAAGCUAGCUUGAGAAGCGCUGCAUCGCCAUGGACGCACACACGCUCAAUGCGUGGACGCGCUUCGCGCUGCAGAAGGGCGGCAUUGGCAGCUGCACGGCCCUCAUCGACAAUCCGGCGACGGAGCCGGAGGAUCUGAUGUUCAUGACGGGCGAGAAGAUCGUCGUGCUGCGCCGCCUCGACGAAGAGGGCGGCGCAGAGGGCAGCGGUGCUGCGAAGCGCAAGAGCGGGCAUGGAGACGCAGACACGUGGUUCCUGGGCUACUGCGAGGGCGUCGUCGGGCGCUUCAAGGGCGGCCAUGUGCAGUUCCACGGCAAGCUCAAGAAGCCCGUGCUAAUGCGCCGCAGCGGUGCUGGCAGCAUUCGCGAGUCGAGCACGCGCCCGAUGAGCAAGUCAGAAGCUGCGACACUGCAUGCCUCGCAGGUGCCGCCGGGCAUGCCCGUGUCAGCGGUCGACUCUGACGGCGAAGAGGCAUCGAGCAUGAGCCGCCUGACCGCGCGCACGUCCACGCUCAGCAUGGACGGCAGCAGGAGGACGAGCGAGGGCGGCUCGGGCAGCUCGCACGCUCGUGCGCCGCCGGCCAAGGGGCCUUCAACCUCUCGCAGCAACGCACCGGCAGCCAGUGGCCUGGCCAGCGGCUCGACCUCGCGGGCGCGUGCAUUCGGCGUCUCGACGCCGCCACUGUCUGACGAGACGCACGCGCGCAAUCGCGCUGCCGGCGGAUACACAUCUGACCAGUCGGACGAGAGCGAGACGAUGCUGCCCUGGGCGCGUGCCAGCAAAGACGGCGCCCCAAAGGCGCAGGAGAGCGCGCAGCACAUCUACGAGCGGCCUGCUGCUCAGAGGCACAACGGCGUCAAGCAGCAGCUGGGCAGCCAUCUGCCGCCAUCUCCCAUCUCAUCGCAGGAGUCCCCUCUCACAAGCAGGCCGACAGAGCAGCAGCAGCGCAUCAUGGGCUCGGGAAAGACUCCGCCGCAGUCACGCGCAGGGCGCGGGCACCUCUCCACUGCUUCGUCUUUGGAGACCUCGGCCACGUCGGACUCGGGCGAUGGCGACGACGAGGCGACGCGGCGCCGCGACCAGACGUUCAGCAUCUACGACGUGUACGGGCGUGACUCUGUGGCGUUCCCCAACUUCAACUACACCGAAGCGAACGGCCGCCUCGGUGCUGGCAUGCCGCGCGGCGAGAGCAACCGCUCGCUCCCGGCGAGCCGCUCUGUUGACUCGCUCGCGCCCGGCGGCGGCAGCGACGCGCGCUCGAAUUCUACGACGCCAGAGCCGCGCACGCCGGUCGACCGUCAUCCGCAGCUGCUGCCGGACCCGUCUCAGGCAAGCGCACAGUCGCUGGCCCUGCGCUCGCCCUCUGGCCGGCGGCCGAGUGCCGCGCCAGAUCCGCGCGCGAACCCCGGCCCGGGCGGCAACAACAUGGCAAGCAGCAUUCGGCGCAAGGUCGAGGCGAACGCCGCGUCGAGCAACACUCCGCCGCUGAUGGCUUCGCCGCCGCGAGCGGGCGUCUCUCCGGUCAACCCGCGCAGCGCGCCGCCGGGUGUUGCGGCCUUCGAUCCAGCUCGGCGACCCUCGGGAGGCGCCAUGCCACCGCCUGGUGCGCGACAGAACGGUCCUCGCGGCGGCCCUCAGGAGAUGAUGACUCGCAACCACUCGUUCGACGCAACGAGCCCUGCACACGCCGGCGGGCCGAUGUCGCCGCCGCUUGGCUACCGCGCUGACGCCUUCGCGGCGCCGCGCUCCGUCAGCGGUGCGCCGCAGACAGGCUCAGGUCCGCCGGGCGCCGCACCGGGUGGGCCGCAGCCGCGCCUGCAGAUGCCUGCGAGCUACAGCGACAACCGCAGGCGCUCGCAGUCCGUGUCCAACAUCGACGUGGCCGCAGCCCAGGGCCUCGUCGGUCCUCCUGGGCCUGCAUCCGGCCGCAGCACUGGCUCGAGAUCUCCGUAUGACGUCUCGCCCGGGGGCGAGCCGCCGCAAGGGAUGCGCCAGAGCCCGUCAUUUGGGCCCGUGCGCUCCUCGUCCGACCGCUCCAGCGUGCGUGAGCGCGUGGGCAGCGGCCUGCUGAAGAAGAAUCCGAGCAACCCCGGGCCGGGCACGCAUGGCGGCAUGCCGCUGGGCAUGAGCAGCCUGGCGCCCGGCCUGCUCGGCGCUCCCGGUCCCUCGCGCAGCCCGAGCCCGCUCUCGAUCAACUCGGCCAACAGCGGCGGCAGUGCCCGCUCGCCCGUCGGUGAACGACCGCAGCUCUCGCCGAUGUCGGCUGGACCUCCUGUUGACGAUGGGCGGCCCGUUGCGUACGACGCGCUGGGCUUCGUCAUGACGCCUGACGCGCCGGGCGCCAUCAUCCCGCGCGACGACCCGGAGGCCGUCAAGGAGUGGCAGAAGCUGCUUGCCGAGAACGACGUCGCGGCGGCGAAGAAGAGCCGCAAGGUCAAGAAGAUGAUCCAGGCGGGCGUGCCGCAUUCGCAGCGCGCCAAGGUGUGGCUCUUUCUCGCGAACAGCUACCACCGGCGCCGCGCGGGCCUCUUCGAGCAGCUGUGCAAGCAGAGCCGCGACAAGAAGCUGAUGAAGGGCAAGGAGGCGCUGUACGAGGCCAUCGAGAAGGACAUCGACCGCAGCUACCCGGACCACAAGCUUUUCCGCGGCGAGGGCAGCACCGGCCGUGCCGAUCUCGAGGCGAUCCUCAAGGCCUACGUGCACUACAACCCCAUCAUCGGCUACACGCAGGGCAUGAAUCUCAUCGCCGGCUUCAUGCUGAUCCUCAUGCCCGCCGAGGACGCCUUCUGGCUGCUGUGCGCCAUGCUGCGCGACGUGCACAUGGAGGGCUACUACUCGAACAACCUGAAGCAGCUGCACGUCGACGGCAUCGUGUUUGGGCAGCUGCUGCAGUCCAUGGACGCGCCGCUCGCCGAGCGCCUCAUGGACCUCGACAUCGAGCCCAUCUCCUUUACGCCCAACUGGUUCCUCCCGCUCUUCUGCCGCAUCCUGCCGUGGGGCACGACGCUGCGCGUGUGGGACGUCUUCUUCUUUGAGGGCCCGCCGUUCAUCCUGCGCACGGCGCUGGCGAUUGUGCGCAUCGUGCGCGACUCGCUGAUGGAUGCACGCGCCGUGCCCGGCCACGGCGAGGCGCUGCAGCUGCUGCUGCACCCGGGCCCGCACUCGCAGCUCUCGGUGCAGCACGUCAUUGAAUGCGCCCUCUCGGUCAAGCUCAAGGAAGGCUCGCUGCGCUCGCUCUCGCGCAAUGCGUCGAAGCUCGUGCGCCAGGCCGGCAUUGGGCGCGGGCGCGGGCCCGGCGCCGCACCUGGCACGCUGGCGGGCGCGAGCGCGUCCGUGAGCCGGCCGACGACGCCGUCGAGCAUGGCGCCGACGCAGCGCUCCGCCUCGUCGGCUGCGCGACGAUAGCACACCCCCGUCCCUCUUCCCCCAUGCACUGCACCGCCGCGCCUCUCGCACACAUACCCCCGCCUGUGACCCGGGCCGCCAAAUGCAUGAUGCUCGUC